GACCAAUUGCAAUGCUGGCCUCCAAACAACUAGACGACCAUCACUCAGAACUUGUCUUGCAUGGACCAUAAGCAUGCAUCGUUGAAAUACAUGGCCAGAUGGUGCGUUGCUGGGAACCUCGGAUCGGCCGGAUGAUAUCAAAGUUAUGCUUGCCACCACCGGCCAAGUACUCACGAAAGCAGAGGUCUCAUCUCAGUUUCACCUACGAUUGGGCGGUUGACAUCACCUUAUUCCGUAUGCUUUGAUGGGCUGUACUCUCUACCACAUUGGGCAGAAACAGGGCGUAACUGAAAGAUUACACUGCUCUUCAUCACCGUCCAAUUGUUUCCAGCUGCACAGGAUGACAUUUCUGCAAAAAAAAAAAAUUCGGGAGGAGGGUCAUGUCGCGGUGCCGGUGAGAGAUCCUGUUUCUCACAUGCAGGGAUGAGUUUCUGGACAUUCGUGAUUGACCAUAGGAUUGCAAUGCAGGUGCCUCGCCAAUCUCGAUCCCUCGAUCCGGAAGGUUGAACGCUGACAGAAAGUGAUUGUGGCUACCACGAAUAAAUCCAUCUCAUAUGAUGAUGGUUGGGACGGCGGCUCGGAGUGAUGGGUGCUAUACCAUCGUCUCAGCUCACCUCGUACCGGUCUUGUCGUACCGUCACGCCUUGUCUCUCCUUGACCGUCUUCUCUUUCUAUUGUUGUGUUUCUGCUCCCUAUCGAUCUGUAUUAUACCCAACUGGACGGUCGAGGGUCACUCCGCGCCUCUUCUCUCCCAACGAUCUCAGUCCCUUGUGGCUUGAUUGGUGUCGAGAAUGCGAGCUCUAUUCGGGAAGAAGCCCAAAGUCAAGAAUUUGACACACUCUCGACGCGCUCCUUCUCCCCCUUCACCAGGAUCAUUCACUUCUCCCGAAGCGGACCUUCAUGGCGAAGGGUCCUCACUUAACUCCAGCAACGAUCCUUACGCGGGUCCUUCUCGUUCAAAUGAUUCUGUACUCGGCCUGCGAGUUCCCCCAUUACAGCUAGACUUCGAGAGCAGAGAGUCGUUAUCAGAGUGGUUUCCGGCAGGGUUGCUUAAAGUCGGUGAAGUACUUGCCAAUCCUCCGAAUCGCGACGCGUCGUUACGAGCCCCGGAAUCCGCAAGCAACUCUCGUAACGAGGUUGUACGACCACCAUGGAAUGCCAGUCGCGAGGUUUUCAACUUCUCUACGGACGAAAUCAUCGUUAUCGAGGCUGAGCGACCACCAGAGCCUCCGCAAGCAGAUCCACCUGCAGAAACGACAGAAACGUCAAAUGCUGAGUUGCACUCUCCUCAACUGGACUCUCCAGCAGGUCAUGGUGCAUCACGACGCCCAGUUCCAAACCCCAUUCAAAUCCCCUUCAACCCAACUUCCUCUCGAGUCCGAGUACACCGUUCUCCGUCUGUAGGAGCGAUUCCCACUCGUGAUACAUCAGCAUCUUCACUUGCGGCUUCCCGCCCAAAUUCGAGCUACUCCGAUGACUACUCUUCCGCUGUCUCCGGUACAACACUCGCUCGCGAUCUGGUUGCCGGGUCAUUCAUUAUUUCUGGGGGCUCGCGUGAUUCCCGAUGGUUCACGCUCACCAGACAGGACAGUGCGACUCUACCGAAAGGUGAACAUCCUUUCUUGCAACGGAGUUCAUCGUACUGGAAGGAUAAGCGAAUAAGUAAUGGGGAGGUGAUUGUGUCACCCGAAUAUGCACUUGGUUCGCCUGUUCCACCGGUACCGCCAAUGCCGAGUAGUGCGGAAUUGAGUGCGAUGGGUUUGGAUAGUGCAUGUUCAUCACAACCGAAUAGUCGAAGGAGGAAUAGUAUUGCUGGAGAAGAGGUUGUCUCGGCUCAUGAGAAGGAUAUUGAGCAAAGUGGGGAACAAACGGAGAACGUCGAGGGUGCGGGUUUUAUACCUAAACAUAGAAGGGCAAACAGUCUUUCCAGGAUUUCGAAGGAUCAACUACCUGUCAACCCGAAACGAUUCUCCAUAAUAUCGGAAGCGUCCUCCUCGGCUGUCACUUCACCAGUGACACCUGCCAAGUCGACGUACAGUGUGGCAAAGACUGUUAGGUCGUUACGCCAGUCAUACCGUAACAGCGGCCGAACACAAUCCGAGAACGAUGUCCGUCAGCAGAAGUCCUCGUCUUCCCUCAGCCUCGUACAUACCGAGCCCCACCCUACAGAAGACGAACCUCGGUCAUCCAGUGAGACUGCUAACGACUCCUCUUCGACACACCCUACGACAGGCGGCAUGACAGAUGCCACCGUAUUUUCUCCCGAUCCUCCAACUACGGCAGAGAGCGGAUCUAUGUACUCUGUUGAUAGCACGAGUAAACGCAGCUAUACCACUCCUGCGACGUCGAUCAAGUCUCCAGGAUCAGGAUCCUUAUACCCUGCUAGUAUGACGAGCAUGGGAAGUCCACGGUUAUUUCACCGCUCGCCUUCUGAACCUAGCUCACACAGGAGCAGUGGUCAACAUCGGCCUACCAUUACUGUACCGUACGGUGACCGACCACAUUCAGUUCAAGUGCCAUAUACGGCCAGCCCUCUAUCGAGCCGGACCUCAGAAGAGAGCAUGCGUGAUACUCGACUACCUUUCCGACCGCGUCCGUCGCCAGGUCCAUCUUCAACUGUGGAGUCGCCUGAUCUGAUUGAACAGAUGUUUGGUGGAAUCGUCCAACCCGUCCGGAAUCCUUCUUCACGCAAGCGGUCUGGUAGUCAACCCGCACCCAUGAUCUUCUCUCCAGACUUGACAUCUCCGGAACAAAGUUUUAGUAGCGAGUCACCUUCAACUUCAUCUGCGGCGCGACAGACGUUCCCGGAGACGCCUUAUCUUUUUACGCCUUACACUUCGUCUGCUUUUGCACAACCACCUUUGCCUGCUGGCGCAGCACAUCUUGCGUCUCCCAGGAUGGGCUCGCUCAAUCGUGGAGUUGGGCGGACACCGUUGUCUUCGGGGCAAAUUUUCCGGCAUAUGAGCGUAUCUGUUGCUUCCUCGUCGGCUUCUAGCACUGGUAGCAGAUCCGCCAGGCUACCUAUGUCACCACCAAUGCACAGCGCGGCCGGGAGUGUUCAUAGUAUCUUUUCGGAUCCCGGAAGCUGGUCGAUGGCCUCUGAGGCUUCGGGAAUGCCAAGUGCUCUGCUACCAUUGGGAGCAAUUGAGGAGGGGAGUGCACCUCCAACGCCGCUCACUCAGACCCACACAUCCAGAUCAAGGACAAGUUCACCACCGCCAGAUACUAACCAGGGACAGAUGGUGACUGUGAGUGCAAGUCCUCAACCUUCGCCUCAGUUGAUGCCUCCGCCACCGUCGACAAGAGCUGCUACAAGUACGACUACACUUUCGCUUGAAGCGACAACUGAAUCAAGUCCGUCCCUUCGAUCUACUGCUCCGGAUAGCAGACCUGUUUCUACAGUAAACCUUUCUCGACCAACCAGUUUGGUUCCAUCUAAGCGGGCGUUGUCGCCUAUGCCUCCUCCCUCACCAUCCACUUCUUCAGCGCGGCUUUCGCCUGCACCCUCACAUGUUUCGCAUGCAAGUGAAUUGCUUGGUAUACUCUCAGAACCUUCACCGGUACGCGAAGACCCUGGUCCUCUUCCACCUUAUUUCGAACGAGGCGCUCAGCCGCCUCCUCCACCUGAACAACUACCGCCUCCAUAUCUCGCUGCUGCUACACCCGAACCUCGCCCUUCUUCUCGGCGAACACCCUCCCCUCUUCCUCAACCUCCUCAGCCUCCUCAACCGACGCCGCCUUCAGAGUCUGUACCGCUUCCUCGUGCAACUCGCACCCUCGCAAGACCUGCAGCUCCUAUGGGACCUCGCAGACCUAGUGGUCCGGCUCUAUUGUCAGUGGCUACUAACCGAGCUCGUGCUGGUUCUGUAUCCUCAACGUCAAGUGUACCAGCAGGAAGACCUGUGCCUUCUCGUAUACCGUCUGCUCCUCUAUCAGCUACCUCACCGAAGUUUCAGAUAACACCCAUCAGAUUUCGUGGUCUCACUAUGGAGGCCGCCCAGUGGACGCUAACUUCACAUCAACUCCAGGAGAUCGUCUCGACAGCGAUCAGGUCGUCGGCAGACGCUACCGCUAUUCGAUUGUUGCCGAUCGAUGUCCUCAAUGAUCAGGUCCCAGCGGAGAUUGAGCGUUUGGAGACGUUGAGCGCUGAGCUUCGUACACAGUACAAGGUCACUGUGAGGAAGCGUAAGACCCGUCUUGACGAUCUGAGUGCAAUUGCUGGUGGCGAGUUUAUCGACCAAACUGCUGUUUUUCGGAUGGUCCAGGAAUUGGGAGACAUUGGCGAAUAUAUGGAUCAUCUCUCGGAAGAACUGUACGACGUAACGCAGCAAUUGACCCAACUAAAGCACCUCCAGGAUAUCCAUUCAAGCAGUGCGCUUGCAAUGGCUCUGCGGAAGCUGAACACUAGUCUGGUGAAGCACAUGGCGGACAACAAAAGUCUUCGGGAACAGAUCACGUCGUUGGAGAUGCAGAGGGACGAAGGCUGGGAAAAAGCUGCUGAGGUCGCAAUGGAGCUCGAGGAGAUGCAGGAGCGAAUGGUUGAAAAUGGUAUGACGAGUCCAUCGUCAUACAAGGAGGCCAACGGCCGUCCUUCAAGUCGCAUUAACUUGGCUCGCAAAACUAGUCUUCGGGUAUCAAAAUCAGGGCUUCGGUCUCCCAGCCGUCUUCGUAGUCAGCGUUCUUCUGUGGCUAGUAGCCUUCACAGAAGUAGCACGGCGGGGUCUCCUGCAUUGCGAUCGGCGUCGGAGGUACCUCCUGUCCCUCGCUUGCCUAUCCGUACCCCUCUUGGUAUUGUUACGAACGAUUUGCCUGCUCGUUCAGCUGGUAUUACCUCCGCCGAUGUUACACCAACAUCUGAGGUCCGCGCGAUGGUUGAGGCGCAAAAGGAAGUCAUGGACUUGCUGGGAAUUAGUCUUGAUAACCUUCAAGAUGGAAACGUUAGGGGCAGUCUACCUAGGAGAAGAUCUUUGAGUGCCGUUGCGACAGGCUCAGUUCCCCCUAGGACGAGGCGCAAUUCCGAUAUCGUCAGUCCCACUCGAGCACCCUCCACAGAUCGGUCUGCUGUGCUAGCCGCCAUCGGCAUGAGCCCUCUUGAAUGUUAAUUCACUUAUUUUAUUUAUCUCCAUGACAUGGAUCCUUAUACACUCACUAUUUCGCAUUCUCUAUCACAUUGUUACUCGUACAUUUAGCACAUUCGUUAGUUGCAUUAUAUCCCAGACAUCGUGUCAUAGUAUCGAUGUUGUUACACCCGACUUGAAUAUAUAUGAGUACUCUACAAUAUUGCAUGGAACAAGAAGCAGAUAGCAAAUGAAAGCAGAUAGAUGGAAGAGCAAUAAAGAUAGAGAUGAAGUGCAAAGUUUACAGGUGCGUGGGUAUCAAUGACGGACACGUUUCCUCCGAAUCUGAAUUUCUUCCGUUGGAAUGUCUUGCGAAGCCCGUGGAGUGGCUG